GACAGAUGUUCUUUUUUUUGUUAUUGUUUUUGUUGGUAUUUGGGCACGUGAAGCCAAUUGACGCAGAACGACAGAAGGUGACAGAUACACUUGAAAGAAGGUCGUACGCUGUCUGAGCAGUGCAUUAGCAGAUAUCACUUAUAGUUGAAAGCAUAACAACAUAAGAUAAAGACUGAAAUGGGCGUUCCUCGAUUAUUUACCUGCUUACAAAAGCCAGAAAAUGCUUCGAAGCUCAAGGAUCGCACUCCGCUGCGCCAAAGAAUCUCAUACUCCACGGGCCAUAUCUUCAACGACUUGUGCUCCGCUGUUUGGUUCACUUACUUCAUCGUAUACUUCAACAAAGUUGUCGGACUUUCCACUACGGACACUGGACUUCUCUUCCUCAUCGCUCAAGGCGCCGAUGCUAUUCUUACGCCGUUUAUGGGCAUCGGCUGCGAUCGAAUCGUCAUUAAACGCUUCGCGCCUUACGGUAAGAGAAAGUCUUGGCAUUUGUGUGGCACGAUUUUCGUGGCAGUCGCGUGGCCGUUCAUCUUCAGUCCUUGCUUAGCAUGCUCAGAAGAUAGCCCCAAAUGGCUCCCACUUCUUUAUUACUCGGUUACAGUGGUAAUUUUCCACGUCGGUUGGGCAGGAGUGCAAAUCGCGCAUCUUUCACUCAUUCCAGAGAUCGCCAGACGACCCGGUGAAAUUGUUGAGUUGAACGCUGUCAGGUAAAAGUGAUAUUAAGCAGGUCUUAACAGGCUGACCGUUGACCGUGAUUUUAAUAGAAUUAUCGGAAAAGGUUCUUUUUUCUCGAUGUUAUAUCUGUACUUUUUUGGGAGAAAAGUAAAUCAAUCUCAAAAGUUCGUCUCCAAAAUGAAAUCAAAGAAAUCAAAAUAAAGAUUUUUUUGCCUCUGUCUUUUUUAGUUUUCGCACGAGAGAAAUUUUUUUAGCUGCAGCUGUGAUUUCAAAGAUGUUUUUGGACUUCACUGUCCCUGUUUCGUAAAUUAAAUUUGAAAAUCCAGCGUGGUCCAGAUUGUAAAGCUUUUAACUGAAAUUUUAAUUGAACAUUUAUAGCCUCCCCCUAUUAGCGCUUUCUGUUUAUAAACAAACAAUCUUCCAAGCCUUUGCUUUCAGACUAAACAGGUUAGCAAAAAUUAAGAUUAAAACAAACAAUGAAGGCCAAUGUUAACAUGGAUAAUUUCAAUUUUGUCAGCCUCGAACAAAAUUAUUCAAAAGCAAUACAGCUCAUGCUAAUUGUUGUUUGUUCCUUCAAGCGGGUUGAUAAUCUCAGAAAGUCUUUUUUUAAUCAUCAAAGUAUUCACAUGUAAAUUUGUGCAUUAACGUCUGCUUUCAGAUCUGGUUUAACUUUUGUAUGCGGCAUCUUCAUCUACGUGGUAACAUGGAUCCUGCUAGGACAAGCGAGCGAAGAAGGCAUCAGCCCUAACUUAGCCAAAGAAUUCACGGUACCAUGAAAUUUUGUCACUUACUUUUCUUCAAAAGAAAUUCCAACGAUAUUUUUUGUACUAAAACACUCCGGAAUCUUACGUUCAGCGCAAAUUUCCAACUAAGCAGGGCUUGAGAACGCGCAUACGCCAUAAAAAGCAUCUUUCCUGUUCGAGUGUUUGUUCCAACCUUUUGCGCUGUAGCAAUAUCCUGUUUUUUGCCCCUAAUUUUUUUACUGUUAUUUUUAAUGUUUUUUUUAUAUUGCUCAACAGUUCUCCCUGUUAGUGAUAUGUUUAAAAGUUUUUUAGAAAUUUUUAAGAAAAUACACUGAUGGAAAUAUUCGACAGAGCUGACGAAGUCAUAAACGUUAUAUUAUAUUUACAGCGUUUCUAUUUGAUUUCAGCAACUCAGCUUAAUUGUUGUAGCGAUUGGAUUUCUGUUUUCUUUCGUGUUUCACUGGGGAACAAUAGAACCAGCUACUUCAGCAACUGGUAAAAGGAAGGAACUCACAGAAGGUUAGCAGUUGUACAAAAAUUUUACCUUCAAGUUAUUUCUUUGAGAAGGGGGAGGGGGCUUUCGCUUCCUCUGAUAGAGAAACAUUUUUUGCACAUUUUCUUUUCUCUCAGUUCAGUUUCGUUUUCAUUGAUUGAAAUCCUCAGCGAUCCAGCAAGCAGUUCCAUGAAAUUCAGUGGAUUAGAAGAAUUUCGUUCUGGUCGAACUAUAGUCUUAUGUCAGCCAGAACUUCUAGCUUUGAAGGAGCUAAUUGUCAGUUGGGUCCUUAAUCUGAAAUCUUAAGCAAAAUUUUUCAUAAAGGUCAUUUUCAAUCUGCUUUAUUCUUCUCUUUCCUUUGUCCUCUUUGCUCCAUUUUGGUUUCCUAUUUCCAUUCUUCCGUUUUAUUAUUUUAUCAACUCAAUAUUUUCUGUCGACAAACGUUAAUAUCACACGCCCCACAAAAACAAGCUUUUAUGUAAUUGCGUAUUCUCUGUUCUAACUUAGAACCGCUGGACGAACAUUCAUCUGAUCAAAGCCUCUGUGUGGAGAUUGUGGAGAGAGACGCCCCUUCACACCAACCCAAAACAUGGCGGCAGUGGUUCAAAGAUCCUCAAUUUUACGCGGUGAGAUGGAGCUUCCACUACCUUUCCGCAAUUGACCGAUGGAACCCACGCUUACACAAAUUCAGCCAAUAGCAAGCUAGACAUUAAAAUCAGUCGAAACUUGGUUGCACGCGUUUUCCCGCUCUCCCGCACAUGGCGGGAAACCUCUUGUUUACUAGAAAAACGACUCGCCCUUGCGCAUCAAUGAAUUUCAAAAGUCAAGGUCUUUUGUGAAAUGUGUCAGUUUUAAUGAUGUACGCUGUAUUUGCCCAUGCACUGACCAACUGAUGUGUUUUUCUUUCAGAUGGGCGUCGUUUACACCUGCAGUCGUAUCACAGUGAAUGUUUCCCAAUCCUAUUUUCCAUUCUACUUGACGGAGACGCUUCACUUUCAGAAAGUAUGUUUAAAUGAACAUCUUUCGUAAUUCCACGGUUCAGCUGAAAGGGUAUAAUCAAAAAAGAUUAAGCAGAAUUUGUUUCCUUUUAUACUCAGCACAAAGUUCCAUUAGCUUUUGCUUACCCCAGGCCAACUGUAAAAACAUUACUCGAUUACAGCUUUCAAUGUUUUCCACAAAACAAUUAGAAACAGCGUGGAGACAUUUCUCGGUCGACAAUAAACUUUUAGACAAAUAUCUUUCCCACAAAAGCCGACGACGGACUUUAGAAACUUUAAACUUGAAGUCUGAAGUCUCUUCAUUAACGGGCUUUUAUACUUCAACGUGUCCUCGUUUCUUUCAUAAUUUUCUCUUUCAUUUGUAACUAUAUUACGUCUUUCUCUCAAUUUCGUUUUGCAGGAGGCCAUCGCAUAUUUUCCUCUGGUCAUCCUGGUUACUGGUGCCAUUUCAAGUGUUCUUGUAAAGAGAAUCAGCAAAAGCCUGGGUACCAAGGUGAAAACUUAACUAUUUACACUCUAAAAUCAGUAUGUAUGUUCUUCACAUUGUUCUCCAUACAUUUCCUUUGGUACUGAAAAGGAGAAUUUGUUUGACAAUCAAGAAAUUUUUUUAUUCGGUGAUCAUUUCCUUCACCUAAUGUUUAAUUCAACAGUGUUAAGUUGUAAAGAGAAAUUAGAUGCCAGUCCCUCUCAGGGCUAUAAGGUUAAAUCAAAGUCUGUCCCAAGUUUGUUAAACAGCCACACCAAGUUCAAUUGUUUUUAACUCCACUCUGACGAAGGGCUAACGCUCGAAACGUCAGUUUAGCAACUCUUUACGGUGGCGGAUUUACUUGAUCAACUCUGUUAAUAAAACUAAGUUAUCUUGUUAUACUUUCCCACCGACGUAGCAUCACAGGUUCAUUUCCCCUUUUUUUCGACUCCAUUUGACUUGAAUUGUUCCUGUUUUAUCUUGCUGGUUCAAAUCAACCGAUUCUGAGAGAGAAAUCCAACCUUGACUCACAGUGAUCAGUGCAUAGGAGGGCAUAUUCUUUCUUUCAUUUUCAACCAAAUGUGUAACGCAAUUUCCGGGAGUGGAAGGGGACAGUAAUGAUGAAAAAUCCUCAAUGAUACAAAAAAAACCAUCGUCAUAGGCAAAAUAUCACUUCACUUAAUUGACUGAGGAAUUCAUUUUCCUUUGUUUCUUUGCCUUUUUUCAGUGGACCUUCUGUUUAGCAUGCACAAUCGUUCUGGGCGCAUGUGCUUGGUUUUAUCUUCAGACAAUCUCGGGCCGAGAGGGGGUGUACGUGGCGGCGUUCAUUAUGGGCUGCGGAAAUUCUGUCAUGCUUGUGACUGUGCUGUCUAUGACCGCUGACAUGAUUGGAAUCGAUAAGGUAAGAGAAACGGAAUCUCCAACGUGCUUCAAUGUCGUCUUGCACGACGUACAUAGUGCGCAGAGAGAAAACAGAGGAAGCGGCUUUGGAGAAGAAUCUCUUUUGGACAAGAUAGUAGAUUAAGUAACAGGUUUUUGUCUGAGCAAGUUUUUGUCCCUUUUCCUCCAGGCCUCCGGAGGCUUUGUUUACUCAGUAAUGGGUUUCUUGGACAAAGGAUUCGUGGGUGCGGUGGUGCUUGUGAUUCAGACAUUUUAUCCUGACAGUCCUGACGGGUAUGUAAAUUUAAUAUCUAGCGGCGAUCAGGUCCUGAUUUUUAGCGAUGCGGUAAAAGCGUUUCUUCGCUUUUUUGAAGCCUCGAAUUAGGCGAGCUGACGAGAGAUCUAGCGAGGGUUGGCAUUAAUAAUAGGACCAUAUACCCCUUGCAGACCUCUCACCAGUUUGCGUUGCUCGAGGCCGCAAACUUUCUCACGAGCGGGAAAAGGUUAGUGCCGCAGUGCUAUAACAGAAAGGGUAUGCUCGCGGGCAAAUUUUGAUUUUCUACCAGUUUUACUAACUACGUAAUUUAACUCAUAACUCGUCAGCAAGAACUUUCUAUCUUUGACAAUUAUUCACCACAUUGAACUUGAAUGGUACUUGCUAUUCUCCUCUGAACUAGCCAAUCAGUGCGCGCGAAAAACACUAUUCACUUGUGUAGUACAUUUCUUUUUCAGGGUGAUAUGUGAACAAUGUGGCAGUUAUGUGCGCCUUGUAUUUACCUUGACGCCGGGAAUAUCAGCUGUUAUUUCCUUGGUAAUCGUUGGUCUUUGUUUCAAGUCAAAACUUGUCUUGUCCUGUCAGCCAAGAAGUAAGUUACGACCCGUUAUACUUUAGCACUGGGCUUUUAUCUUCUCUUAAAUGCAACGAUGAUUAAUUCUCACACAUGAGACGCUAUGAGCUUAAUGAUAUUGUUAAUUAGUCAAAUUAUAUAUAUAUAGUUACACCCUAUCUGAUCAAUAUAUUGAUCAGAUGGGAUAUUAAUUAAGUAGUAUGAUGUUUACGUUUGGAAAGAGAUGUUUUUUUUUCUAAUUUUUUUUCACGACCCACAAGCAGCUGAGUUUCAAUCCCCAUAGUUUCAUUAUUUAGCACCUGGGGAAAGGGGGGAAAGGGGGGAAAGGGGGGUGGGUUGGGGAUUUUGGUUGUUCCACGAUAAAAUUCACCCGAUCACCCAAAUGCUCUGUUAUAUCCUUAUGCUUUCCCCCCCUUACUGGCAGUUAAUUUGCCAUCAACCAGUCAUCUCUUUUAUACUCUAUUGGUCCUCCGUACCCCCUGAAAACAAAGUGACCCCCCCCAUCCUCCACGACCUCGCCCCCGGAAAUAAAUAAUUACUAAUUCCUUAAAUAAGGUUUUUCUCAUUUUCUUAUUUGAAGUACGUAACUUUCCACAGUUGAAAAAGCAGAUCAGAGCACGCAAACAAUACCCGUGGAAUGUCUUGCAGACUUUUACGAAAAGAUCGCUGAACUUCCUAGUUCUAACGUUUGAAUGAGAAGUGGUCGAUGGGAGGCGCAACAAUGCUGCACUGCCGUAGGGUUGGCUAAAAAAAUAACGAUGCAGUGAAAAUGAUGGUUUGAAGGUCCUAAUCUCAAAUUUGUUGAUGAUGUUAUGCAAUCAAUUGCAAGAAGUUGAAAUGAAGAUACAGACAAAGAUCACGAUUGAGUUUUCGUAUCUUAAGGGCCACGCUACAAAGAAAAAAUUGGAGUUUUAAAUUAACUUUCUUUAUAGACAAAGAAACGCUAUUUAGAUGAUGCGGGAUUUCAUUUAUUUAUGUUGAACACGCAAGUAGUGGUAUUUAGUGUAAACCUAAGAUAAAGCUUUACUAUAAGUUAUAUUAUUGUUUAAAGCUAUCAAAAGUUGAGACCAUCGCCUUCUUUUCACCAGAUAAUUUAUAUCACAUUCCAUUCACCACUGCAGCAGGCCAAGGGCUGAACUUAGGAGGCUGAGGAGGGAGUUAGAUGCUGUUACUGAAGUUGUACGAGGGAGGGGGGGAAGUCUCCCGCCCUCCAUACCCUGCCAGUCUGCUUCCCUCGCGUUUGUUAGAUGCCUAAUAAGCAAACAAGCGAAAGGAUGAAAUUUUGGUUAAAAUAUUGACCCUAGAAUAACAUUUUGAGAACCAUGUAGUCUGCAUCAUCCUUUGUUAAAUUCCAACAUAACCCUGCAGUAUGUCGCAUUUGAGAGCGCGUGAUAGCUAUAAAAGAAAAUUUGGGGAGUCCACAAAUCUCUUUCUAUUAUACAGGGAUCGAAAGUUGUCAGCACGUGCACCUUCCACGUGCGCACCUUGCAUAACAUCCGUCAAGACGUUCAUGACCAUAAUAACAUCAGGCAAACCCCUUAAUAACAUUAGUGAAAAUAUUUGGAAUGUUACCUAAAAAAGCAUGAUGUAUCCCAGAACUUUGUGACAGCUAAAAGCUUACGUGUUUUUCCGAAAAAGAGGGGGGGGGGGCCUCAUGCAAGCUUUCCAUGAAUUAUUUCCGUUAUCUCAGCUACACAUAUCCUAAAACCUUUUGUUUUUUUUUAACAAUUUCGUUUGGAAGCAUCCCUUAUCACGGUCGGAAAUGAGACCAACAGGUCCGCUGUGUACCGAAACUUCACUGUUUACUUUUCAAUUUGAUCACUCUCACCCUCACGCGCUAGUCAUAAUACGAUCCUAUGGUUCUCAAUGUCCAAAUUAUCUGUAAUUUUAUCCCAAAAAUCAACCGAAAUAAUUAUAAUCUCGGACCUCACCUACACAAAGUGCCCUCAAAGCGGAAUAUUUAUCUAUUCUGUAGGUUCUCCUUGCGCAUAUAGAUGUGACAAAUUUGUGAUGAGUUUUAUGGCUACCACUGACAGUGCUGAACAAGUUUUAGUUUAUCAGCCCUAAACGUUCCCUGUGAAUGAAAAUAUAGAUAUGUGUG